UAUACUUGGGUCACUCACGAGAUUUUCUCGUAGCGGAAUGUGAGCACUGGUCGCGCCUUGCUCCUCCAUCGCUCGGCCGGAAUCCGCUGCGCUGCUCGCUCUCUCGCACCCAGGAGACGAUGAUCCAGGCAGACACGGCGCCCUGGUUCACGUGAAGAAAAGCCGCAUGAUUAUGCAACGACGAUCGAUGACAGUUCAAUGUGCAAAUUCGAAAAGUGCAAAUCAGCAGAGAUGGAGGUCAGCAAGCACACAGCAGCCGCCGACAGCGCGCUAGAGACGGUCACUGGGCAAACAAGCGAAUUUGGAGACGGCGAACUGCGAGAGAAGACGCGAGGGAAGACGGCGACGACGACUGCACAUCAGUGCACGGGUGCGUGAGCACGAAAGACAGUUGCCAAGAUGUCCAAAAAACCAGGAGCCACCCAAGCUCUGCACAAAGUGAUUAUGGUAGGGAGUGGGGGUGUUGGAAAAUCAGCAUUGACACUGCAGUUUAUGUAUGACGAGUUUGUAGAAGAUUACGAACCUACCAAGGCUGAUUCAUACAGAAAAAAAGUAGUCCUUGAUGGGGAGGAAGUGCAGAUAGAUAUAUUAGAUACUGCUGGUCAGGAAGAUUAUGCAGCCAUUAGGGAUAAUUAUUUCAGGAGUGGAGAAGGCUUUCUCUGUGUGUUUUCUAUCACAGAAGAUGACAGUUUUCAAGCUACGCAAGAGUUCAGGGAACAAAUUCUCCGAGUGAAAAAUGAUGAGAACAUUCCCUUUUUGUUGGUGGGAAACAAAAGUGAUCUUCAAGAAAAAAGAAAAGUCAGUCUGGCCGAAGCACAAAGUAGGUCGCAACAAUGGGGUGUUCCUUAUGUAGAAACUAGUGCUAAAACUCGAGAAAACGUCGAUAAGGUAUUUUUCGACUUGAUGCGUGAAAUACGGUCUCGCAAAAUCGAAGAUAAGUCAGCGAGUAAUGGCCGAGGCAAGGACCGAGCGAAGAGGAAGAAAAAGAAGUGUAUUAUUCUAUAGGUGUUCUUCGAUCUGAUGCGCGCAAUCGCCGCCCGUAAGGCUCAAGAGAAUCAAGGAGAGGCAGGGGAGCGCAAAAAGAAAGCAAGCUGUUGCACCGUUCUUUAACGAAAAUGCAAUGCGACUUGCUUAAACCAGCGUUGGUGUCCAUUUCGAGGCACAAAAAAGCUCUCAUCCACUUAAUCGACGGGACCGCUGUGACAUCUGACGCACGAUUCGACAUUCAAAUUAUCAUUUCGUCAUCAAGGCAGCUCUUUCUCACUGCUCUCGUAUAAUGCGGCUUGAGGAGUUUCCUCGCGCCCACGCGUUUCCUCAUUCAUUGCGCCUACAAUGUUUUUCACCAAUCUCAGCUCACACACAGACAAGUGAAAUCAUGAUAUUGAGAAAGUCUUUAGAAACUGAGCAAACUUGAUAUUCUUUUCUUUACUGUUAAUAACUUUAUUUUAUGUUUACUUCAUCCCGUUUAAGUCUGACACAUGAUUUUCGUUUGAGACACAUUAAUGACUAUCGCCCACAUCCUUUAUUAUUAUGUUGCAGAAAAAUCCUAGUUUGUCACAAUGUUUAGUUUGUUGUAUUCGUUGUCAGUGAUCAAAAUUAUUUAUUGCUCUUAGAAGAGACUACAAAAACAAAGCGUAUUUAAUAUUGCAAAUUUUCUUUUCGUAAUACACAUUAUCGCCUCUAAUUUUAAAUAUUUAAUUUAAUAUUUACCUCAUUUUGUUACUUGUAAAAUACUUAUGCUUACUUGUUAUUAAGAUUAAUGUUUAAGUUAAUAAUAUAUAAGCUAAUAAAAUAAUCAAAUUCAAGAACAAAUAUUAUUAUUUUAUGUUAGUGUUAGUAAAUUUCACCUGUCUGUGUACAUUAAAUAUGAAAAUCUUUUUAUUUAACAAUCAUACACAACUUUUAGAUUCACAAGUAUUAACAAUAAUUGUCUAUAUUAUUCACAAGUUCCUAGUGAUGUAAAGGAAAAAAGGCAUGAGAUCUGUUUGCAAGAUUAGUGAUUAAAAGUCAAAUUUCAUACGUUUAUACGUAAUUGUAUUAAAAACUAUUUUUUUUUUAAUUCGAAAAAUAGCUUUUUUAUUUUUGUACGCAUUCCUAAUUCAUACAAAUAAUAAAACUAAUCAUUAAAAAAAUUAAUCACAUUAUUUCGCAAAGUUGGGUGCGUGAGACUAGAUAUAUGCAUACAGACUGAAAAUUAAAAAUUAUAUUCUCUUAUAUGAAAAUAAAUUUAUGUAGACGCGCCUCUGUGAGGUCUUAUGUAAAAUCAUUGUAAUGUUAAAACUGAUGUAUCUUAUGCGAGUUUUUUAUUUUUUAUUUACUAUUAAUUGAUUGAUGAUUCUUAAAGUGGUGUGGUUAUUUAUUACUGUAACUAUUAUUAUUGAACUAUUGCUAUCAAAAGAAAAUAUUCGAGUUAACGUUUUUGAAGAUGCAAAGCUAUGUUGUAGUAGCUGAGCUGCCAAUUGCAUAGAACAGAUCUCGCCAUACAAUUGUGUUUUAUAUUUUUGUAAUCUUGCAGAUUGUGCCUUUUUGAAUAUUUUGUGAAUUGCAUAUAUAAUACAAAAACAAAAAAAACGAAAUAGAUUUCUCUCAAGUUAAUUUUUUAUGAGUGUAAUCAAAUCGGUUAGAUAAAUCAGCUUUGUCAAGCACAUACCUAGUACUAAAAAUUAUAACAAUAAGUGGUUUACUUAUAAAAUGUUUACUUAUACUAUAAAAGAUUUUGUAUAAAACUUCUUCAUUAUACAAGGUAUAAAAAAUAACUUUUAUACUUCUCAUUGCUUUGGAAUGCAUUAUUUUAUUAGCUCGAUGUUAAUCCACAACUAUCCUAUAUAUAAUAUUUAGUAAAAUAAAUAAUAUUAUACAAAA